AUGGACGCCUCCUGCAAGGAGAUACAUAAGCUCGAGGCCCACUUCUAUGGCCUGGAGUUUCUUCACGUCCUCCGAGACUACAACAUGGCAGCCGACGUACUCUCCAAGCUGGCCUCCAAGCGGGCACUCAUCUCGGCCAGAGUCUUCGUGCAGGCUCUCAACUCCCCCACUGUCAAGAUCGAGGAGGAACCUCCCACCAAGCCUGACCUAGCGCCAGCCUUAGGCCAGGAAGCGGCACAAGGCGGCUACACUCACAUAUUCAUCACCAUCGACAAGUUCACCAAGUGGAUCGAGGUGAAGCCAGUCUCAUCCACGUCAGCAGCCAAAGCAGCCGAGUUCAUCGAAGAAAUAACGCACAGGUUUGGAGUGCCCAACCGGAUCAUCAUAGAUUUGGGUUCCUCCUUCCCCGUAUCAGAAUUCUGGGACUUCUGCCAGGAAAGCUGCAUCAACGUAUACUACGCCUCCAUGGCUCACCCCAGGUGCAACGGCCAGGUGGAGCGCGCCAACGGCUUGAUCCUUCAGGGGCUCAAAGCCAGGAUUUUCGACCCAAUCGAAAAAUACAGAUCCAAGUGGAUCCAAGAACUACCCAAAGUAGUAUGGGGGCUGCGCACGCAGAGAAGUCGGGUCACCGGCUACUCUCCCUUCUUCAUGGUCUACGGUUCUGAGGCUAUCCUCCCGACGGAUAUCGCCUUUGGUGCUCCGCACACCCAGAACUAUGAUGAAGGCGAGGCCGAACCAACUCGGUGA